GGGCUUCCGUUACGUACAGUCUACGUAGAGUGCUCUCAAGUACGCAUCUCGCGAUCGUCAGCGAGUUUAAUAGUAGAUUAUUAGUUGCUUUUUUUGAGGAGAAGCUUUUUAUUAAAGAAGAAGGCGAAAAAUUAUUUUCCUUUUGAUUCGUAUCGAAUCGCGCGAACUGGAUUACUAUAUUUUUAGUAUACAAUAGAAAAGCUACCUUCAGUGAAUCAAAAAUGAGAUUAUUCGCCUACCACUGCAUAUGCCUUGCUGUCAUCAUGGCGACAGCAUCAGCCAGAUCAGCAGACACGCAACCAACGAGUAAUUCAAUUGAUGAUCAGAGUGCAAGGUCUGGUGGUAGCGGGGUGUUUGGCGAUUUACGUUAUGUUUAUCAGGUCUAUAAAGAUUGUUCGGGAUCCGAGUUGAGCUCAUGUUUGAAGUUAAAACUUCUCACCGCCAUGGAUAGGGUAUCUCGUAGUGUACAGCUCAACAUUGUUGACGGAAUCACUUUAGUCAAGGACGAUCCAAAUACACCCGAUGAGCAGCCAAAAUCAGUCGAGGAAAUUGAGGCAAACUUACCACGUGCACUCGACGAUCGAGAUGACGCACUCAAUACCAUGAUUCUCGACAAGAUUGUCAACUUCUUCCAAAGUCACACUCUUAAAUUGAAGCUUCCUAAUGUUGAGGAGCUGCAGAGGAGUCUCACUGAGGAAGGCCGAGGUAAGAAAAAGAAAGGUAUGGGUGGACUACUCGCCAUUCCACUUUUAAUUGGUGGAACGCUUGUACCCUUGGCUCUCGGGGCACUUGCACUUUUGGCUGGAAAAGCAUUGAUAGUGAGCAAAUUGGCGUUGGUACUCGCCUCAAUAAUUGGUCUCAAGAAGCUCGUCUCGAAUCACGAUCAUGGACAUGAGGUGGUCCAAGUGUCGGGUCAUGGCUCAAGUGGAUGGGCGAGGUCGGGACACGACCUUGCCUACAAUGCCUACAAGCCACCCUCGGCCUAGGCGAACGAAAAUCUGAAAGACUUUAAUUUUUAAGAACCUCCUUCCAUUUUUCAUCCUCCCAUUUCUCUUUCUCUUCUUUCUUCAUCUCUCUUCUUUUCAUUUUUUAAUCAUUUUUCUUCCUUUUUUUUGCUAUUUCUUCCUACUU